AUAUUGUAGUCGGGUUGAAUGCUCAAGUGACUCCCAUCCAAGUAGUGAGUGGAAAAAUGGCAUCCGAGUUGGCCAGGUUUUAGUUUAGCAGAAUCAAGCCUCCUUUUUCGAUUCCAUCCCUUGAAAGAAGUCCAUUGCUAUAAACUAGAAAUAACAAAAAAAAUAAAAAAAGAAGGGAAUUUCAUUGAGGUUUUUAAAGUUCAUAAUACAGAGAAAAUAAGAAAUUUUUAGGAUCCAAUAUUAUGCCACAUGAUACCAACCCAAACUUAUUUCCGAUCCGAAAGGACAAUGAAUCUAUCUGUCAAUUAAAGUUUCCUUGUCGAGACAAGAAACUAGAAUUGACUGUCAUUUCUUAGGACAGCCACAUGGUCCCCAUGCCAGUGAAGUAACCAUGUGGAGGCUUAUCAACAAUCUAGCUGAAACAAAAUUGGCCGUCUGGAUCUCGGACAGGGGUCCCAUGCUUAGAAGUAAUAGAUCUAUCAAGGAAACAAAUUUGCAGCGCCCAGAGAUGAGGAGAUCAACAUCUUGGCUUUGUACUUUGGCUACUCAGCUCUCUCUUUGCUUUGCUCUCUACAUAGUUAUCAACUUGGGUCGGCCUCAAAAGUUGGUUUUCAACGAUAAUAGUAGGCCGCCUGACCUGUACUUUAUCAGUGUUAGAGGAGGCUUUAGACCACUUAAAGAACAGAACCAUCUUCUCAAACUGAUGGAGAAUGUGGCGAAAGUUUACGAUGUAAAGUUUGUGGUGAACAUUAGUGAGCUUGGGGAGGGUGAUCCACUCCUUCAGAAUGUGACCAGGCUCUCUCCAUUACUGAAUGUUCCCUGGUACACCACUGGCGUUUCUAAACAUGAAGGACUUGGUUGCUUUCUCGAGCAAAUCAAAUUACCUAACGGGAGAACAUUAGAUAUUGUCAGUUUGAACACUGCUUCAUUGCAGGAUGCAAUGCUUGUGGGAUCAUCAAGUGGCAUGAUGGACAAUUUGUUAAAUUGGCUGACAAGGACUCUAGAAACCACCAUUAGUAGCUGGCGCAUGGUUGUUGGAUUCCACCCAUUGGUUGCAUGUGAAGAGAAUGAGGAGCAAAUGGUUGUAAAGCAGAUUCAUGAGCCUCUACACCAAAUAUUUAUGAAGUUUGGUGUGAAUGUUUACCUAAGCCGGCAAGGUUGCUGUAGCUAUGCCCUUCAAGAUAGUGUUGCUUAUAUUGGCAACCCGGGUUUGAUUGAAGAGAACUCUCAUUCGCCUUCUGCUAAUGGAAGAUACCUAGUUGGAAAAGAAAUGAGUAAUGGGUUUCUUCUCCAUAGACUCAGCUUGCUGGAGAUGGUGACCUACUUUGUUACCUCAGAAGGGAAGGUCGUGAACAAAAUUGUAGUCCAAGAAAGGGGCAAAGAGAUCACGUAAAUGUCUAGUGCUGGCAUUCAAUUGAUGAGACCUCCACCCUCUAUUGGGGUGAUUGUUCAGCUUGUUCCUCCUUGUAAAUUAGCAAUGACAAAUUUUGUUUGUCAUCAAAUGUUCUCUCCUUCUUCUUUUCUAAAUAUGUUGAAUGAUCCUAACAGACAUAGUCCAGUGCUAUCAGGUUGCAUACCAAGUGAUUAAAAUACCCUGAAUUUAAGUUACAGUUUGCCAUUACAGGGAAGAGGGAAAAGUUAAAGUGAGGGCUAAGAACUACCUUUCUUUGGGUUCUUUCUUCAUGGGAAACCAGUCUCUUGCAGACAUGGUGGAGGUGUUAUUUUGUUAUUUUUUCCCUUCACUUUGAUGACCAAAUACCAAACCUGACUGUCCCCAUUUCCCAGAAAUUAAUUCCUUUAAAGAAGAGAUUUUGAUACUAAAAAAAGGACUAAUCUUUAAUCGAGAUCUGACUCUGAAGCAGAAAAGUCAAUAAAAGAACAGCUUCUAACACUCAACCUAUGUACCAUAGAAAAUGGUGAAAUGACUAGAUUAUCAACUCUUGUUUCUGUCUUCCACCUUGUUUUGUGAGGACGAGUAGAAGGAUAAAUGUGGAAUAGAGCAAAAAACAGGAGCAACAUAAAAGCAGAGACGGGUGUGAGGCUUUAGGGUUACAAGGCUCAUUAGUUUAAGAAUGAGGCUUUGCUCUCAGGGAGGUGGAUGGUUUC